AUGGACACGGAGGAUGAAGCUUUAUUGCAAGAUGUCUGUGCCCAUGAAGACGAGGAGGGGGCUUGUGGCCCCGGCAUGAAAACCGGGGGGUCCCGCCUCUGCGGGAAAUGCCAGUGGGACCCCAGGCCCCGGGCCACCUUCGUGACGCUCCCGUCCUCGGAUUUUUGGACCGUGGUAGGCUGGGUCUUCACCAACCCUUAUUCCGCCAGCCUCAUCCUCUUCUUGGGAUGCGCCAUUCCCGCCGGCUUGGCCCUCACCAUGUUCCUCCACUACCCUGCUCUGGACAUCGACAUCUCGUACAACGCCUUUGAGAUCCGCAACCACGAGUCCUCGCAGCGCUUCGACGCCCUCACCCUGGCCCUCAAGUCCCAGUUCGGCCUGUGGGGACGCAGCCGCCGAGACCUGGCCGACUUCAGCUCGGAGACCUUGCGCAGGCUGAUUUUUGAGAAGCUACAGCACCUCCAGCGCAAUGCCACGCGGCUGGGUGGGCCUAAUCUCUCCCCGAGACGGCGGAGAGAUACACGCCGGAGGGAUCAGGCCGGCCCAGCCAACCACACCUCCCACCGGGCCCGAAGCCCCCUCCCUCGGUGGGAGUAUCCGAGCGCGGCCGUCAGCGCCAACACCCAGACUCACGCCCACUGGCGCAUUGAACUCAUCUUCCUGGCUCGGGGAGACGCCGAGAAGAAUAUCUUCACCUCCGAGCGGCUGCUGACGAUCCACGAGGUGGAGCGUAAAAUUAUGGACCAUCCUCACUUCCAGGAGUUUUGCUGGAAGCCUCACGAGGUCCUCAAAGACCUCCCGUUGGGCGCCUACUCCUACUGCUCCCCUCCCAGCUCCCUCAUGACUUAUUUCUUCCCCACAGAGAGGGGGGGCAAGAUAUACUACGAUGGCCUCGGACAAGAGCUCGCCGACAUCCAAGGGUCUCUCGAGCUGGCGAUGACCCACCCGGAGUUUUACUGGUACGUGGACGAGGGUCUCUCGGCCGAGAACAAGAAGAGCUCUCUCUUGCGUAGCGAAGUCCUCUUUGGCGCGCCCUUGCCCAGCUACUAUUCCAUGGAUGACCGCUGGGAAGAACAAUGCCGGAAGUUUCAAAACUUCGUGGUCACCUACGUGGCCUUGCUGGCCAAGGAGUCUACCAGCAAGGUCCAGGUGCUCUACGGCGGGACGGACCUGUUUGAUUACGAAGUGAGGAAGAUUUUCAAGAACGACAUGCUGCUCGCCUUCAUCAGCAGCUCCUGCAUUGCGGUACUGGUCUACCUCCUGGCGUCCUGCUCAGUCUUCCUGUCCUUUUUCGGCAUUGCCAGCAUCGGCAUCAGUUGCCUGGUGGCCCUCUUCCUUUACCACAUUGUCUUCGGGAUCCAGUACCUGGGCAUCCUGAACGGAGUGGCGGCCUUCGUGAUCGUGGGCAUUGGGGUGGACGACGUCUUCGUAUUCGUCAACACCUAUCGGCAGGCCACGCACCUGAAGGACCUCAACCUCAGGAUGAUCCACACCGUCCAGACGGCCGGCAAAGCCACCUUUUUCACCUCCUUGACCACGGCGGCUGCGUACGCCGCCAACAUAUUCUCACAGAUCCCAGCUGUCCAUGACUUUGGUCUCUUCAUGUCCCUGAUUGUCUCCUGUUGCUGGGUGGGGGUCCUUUUCACCAUGCCAGCUGCUCUGGGGAUUUGGUCUCUCUACUGGUCCUCGCUGGAAAACACCUGUCAGGCCAG